AUGCUGGUCGGGUAUCUUAUACUGGUCUGUGUAUUUCCCGUAUACCAGUCCAGACUUCUAUAUGAAGAAUCCCCUGAUAUACUUUUCCAAAAAUGCGUAAGCGAUAUUAUAAAAACGUAUUUUAAUGACUACAAAGAAUUAUCAAUCAUUGACAUGAACACCGACAAUGAAGAAAUCCUUAAGAUAGUUAAUAAUGCUUACGUAACCAUACUAAUACGGAAACCAGAUUGCAGAAGUAAUAUUGAAAACGAGGCAUACUUCGUAGCAGCCGGGAGCAGCAAUGAAUUCAUAAACGAUUUCCCCGAAUUAGUGGAAGAAGUUUUUUGGAAACCACACGCGAAGUUCUUGAUCAUGAUAAAAAAUUUAAAGAAGAACCAUUUAACGAAAAUAUUCAACCUCCUGUUGAAAUAUCAUGUAAUUAAUGUACUGAUAAUGAACGAAAGCGCCGACCCCGAACUCUAUACAUACAAUCCGUUAGAGAACUACAGAUGCGGCCACCAAUACGACAGAAUCAUCGAAUACGGCAAAUGUUCGAUGUCAAAACAAAAUUUGUUUCCCGAUAAAUUCGUAACAGGUCUUAGAAACUGCACAUUCAAAGUUGCCAUCCCCCAUUGGGGUCCGUAUGCGAUAAAUCCUGAAAAACAAAGUAAUAUAAAACAUCCAGGAGUCGAAGAGGCCAUGUUAACAGAAAUAGGCAAAUUGGAAGAUUUUAAAAUCCAGUUCAUUCACACUAACGAUGGUGAAGAAUUUUCAACAAUAAAGGAGGAUUUUACAGCAGUGGGUCCUUUGUAUAUGCUCCAAAGCCGACAAGUGGAUAUGAUAAUGGGCGGGAUGUUGUUGACUCAUCAUAGGGCUAAAGCGUUUGACUACAUUUGGGAUCACCUCGCUUAUACGGAUGAAGUUUCAUAUCAAGUCAAAAAAUCAACGGCAGUUGCACAAUGGAAAAACAUAUACUUGGAAUUCGACGCGAUAGUUUGGACAGUUUUCAUUUGCGCUUUUCUCGUUUACUUCACCAUCUUUGUCAUCUUCGUCCGCCCGAAGGAUAAGGGCCUAAUCGUUCUAAAGAUGGUUGGAUAUUUGUUCCUUGCUGGAAACAGACUAAAAGGGAACUUCUUCACUAGAUACCUUUUCAUUCACUGGGUUUUAUUCGCUUACAUCAUAAACGUAUACUACGUGUCUAAUCUAGUGAGUCUCACGACCAAUCCGUUCGAGAAUUACCAAGUAUGUAGCGAAGAAGACCUGACGAAAUACAACAUGAAACCUUGCGUGAGUCGCGUUAUGAAUAAUUACUUGGCAUCCGUGGGUAUGAAUGAUUCCGUUCCGGUAAAUGGAGUAAAAGGAUGCGAAUCACUUUUGGACAGUAUCAAGACUGUCAGUGAAUCGGAGGAUUUGUUUACGAUAGUCAUUCGUUCUAUUUAUAGGUAUAAUAAGUACAAAUACUUCGACAAAUUCGGUGACGAAAUGAUCUACACUUUCAAAAAGCCUAUCACUAAAGCGGUGUAUGCUAUUUAUUUGUAUAAAGGAUUUCCGAUGCUGCACAAAUUACAUUUGCAAGCGAUGAGGAUGAGAGAAAACGGUCUCAUUGAUAAUUAUUUAAACAACCUGUACUGGGAGAAUCGUCUUUAUAACGAUUUUAAGAUUAAGAACCAAUCCAACAAAGUCAAUAUCAACGUACCGUGGCAGAUAUUACUUUUUGGAUACAUACUAUCUGGGUUAGUGUUCUGUAUGGAAAUCAUUUGGAAAAAAUUUUGGCUAACAGAUGUUGUGUUCUGCUCUAGAUAUUUAAUUGCACAAAAAGUAAAUUGUAAUAUUAAACGCACCACAACGGUCUAA